AGAAAAAGAAAAAGAAAAAGAAAAAGGAGUAGAGAGAGAGAGAGAGAGCUUGGGAAAAUGAAUGAAAGGAAAGAAAUGAAGUAAAAAAGAAAGAGAUUGACUGACUGGAUUUGAGUGAAUGAAUCGAAUCGAUGAGUCCUCCGGCGAUGAAGAUUGUGUUCGGACUUCUCACUUUCGUCACAAUCGGAAUGAUUAUUGGUGCUCUCUCUCAAUUGGCAUUCAUACGCAGAUUAGAACUAGAAGAACCAUUUACAACAACAACAACAACAAGAUCACUACUCCCCAGAGGUUAUACUUAUUGGAAUAAUAAUAAUGACAAAGAAGCACAAAUCUUACGCCUUGGAUAUGUCAAACCUGAAGUCCUUAGUUGGUCUCCACGAAUUAUUUUACUUCAUAACUUCCUCAGCUACGAGGAAUGCGAUUAUCUUAGGGGAGUUGCCCUCCCUCGUCUUAAAAUUUCAACUGUCGUCGAUGCAAAUACAGGAAAAGGAAUCAAGAGUGAUGUCAGAACAAGUUCUGGUAUGUUUUUGAGUCAUGAAGAGAGAAAAUAUCCUAUGAUACAUGCAAUUGAAAAAAGAAUUUCUGUCUACUCUCAAAUUCCAAUUGAAAAUGGUGAGCUCAUGCAAGUCCUCAGGUAUGAGAAGAAUCAGUAUUACAGACCUCAUCAUGACUAUUUUUCUGAUACUUUCAAUUUGAAGCGUGGUGGCCAGCGAAUAGCUACAAUGCUUAUGUAUUUAGGUGACAAUGUUGAGGGAGGGGAAACACAUUUCCCAUCGGCUGGUUCAGAUGAAUGUAGCUGUGGUGGGAAAUUAACCAAAGGUUUAUGUGUGAAACCAGUUAAAGGAAAUGCUGUGCUUUUCUGGAGUAUGGGACUGGAUGGACAGUCAGAUCCGGAUAGUGUGCAUGGAGGAUGCCCGGUACUUGCCGGGGAGAAGUGGUCGGCUACAAAGUGGAUGAGGCAAUCAGUUCAUGUAUGAUUUAGCUAGCUUUCGGUGGGUAGGGUAAAAAAAAUCACCAAGGGAUUUUCCCCUUCAUAUUUUCACUUCAAAGUAGUGAUUAUGCUUAGUUAUUGUUGAUAGUAUAAAUAUUAAAUAGUGGCGAGUUUCGAUCAAUAAAAUACAGGAUAAUGUAUGAUAUUAAUACACAAUGGAUGGUUUGAUCUAUAUCAUUGGGUGUCUAUGUUAAAGAUA